AUGCUAGACGACAAUCGUAAAAUCGGCACCCUGUUAUUGGGUCUGGGCUUUGCAUUUCUGUUGCUAGGUGUUCUUAUGAUCUUCGAUGCAGCUAUGCUAGCGCUAGGUGAUGUACUCUUUUUGAGUGGUGUGGCGCUUACUAUCGGUUUAUCGCGUACGGUGCGAUUCUUUACACGAAAGGAACGAUGGCGCGGUAUCGUAUGUUUUCUUGGUGGAAUUUUGUUGGUGAUGCUACGCUAUCCAGUAAUUGGCAUGAUCAUCCAGAGCUUUGGCUUUCUUAAUCUCUUUGGAUCUUUCUUUCCCGUUGCUGUUGUCUUUUUACGCCAGACUCCAGUCAUCGGCAGUGUCCUCAAUUUACCAAUUCUUUGUGAUAUUGUCGAUCGACUAGCGGGAGCACAGAAGCGUGGCUAUCAAGUGUAA